AUUUACCGUAUACAGUAUACAUUGUGUGUACAUCCAUAACCCAUCUAGCAGAGCUCACAUCGGGGCGCAACGGAAAGGUUAAUGAUAUCGGCAGUUGUUUUGUUUUCUGUUUAUAGCUAAUAAUACUCCGAUGGCGAUACAUUCAUACAGCGGCAGCCAAAACAGUCUCACAUUGUCGAUAGUCACCGCUGCUGACAAUUGAACCCCUACAAUUAUUUUCACCUUACAAUUUUUGUAAUCAAAAUGCUUCGCUUUCUAACAAUAUUUUUGAUAACUUCGGUAAAUGUUAACUGCAUUUACAUUGUUAAUCCCGGACCUAAGUAUCCACCGACCAAGGGAGAAGUUUGGCCGAAGCCUCAGAACGAAAUUACGGAACUUACUUACUACACUUUUGAUCCGUUGAAUUUUAAAGUUAAAGUGACAAAUAACACUUGCGAUAUACUUAUUUCGGCAAUCGAAAGAUACUCGUACAUCGUGAAGAGCAGAAAACCGCUGCAAGAUCAGAGACCGGUCUCGGUCACAGAGCGACGACAACACGCGCGACAGGCCCAGACCUUGCAGCUUGGCGUCUUACAAGAGCUACAAGUGCAACUGACAGAGCCAUGCGAAGAAUAUCCAUAUUUAGAAAUGGACGAAAAAUACAGACUAAAUGUGCUAGCAGUGUCAGUGCUGACGAGUGCCUCCGUAUGGGGUAUCCUCCGCGGUCUUGAGACAUUCGCACAAAAGUUCUACAUCUCCCAUGAUAUGAAUGAGCUGAGGAUAAACACGUCUGUAGUGGUGGACUUUCCGGAGUACGCGCACCGCGGGCUACUGCUAGACACGGGGCGGCACUACAUCUCGGUGCCCAAUAUUCUACUCACGCUUGAUGCGAUGACCAUCAACAAGAUGAACGUCUUCCACUGGCACAUCGUCGAUGAUCAGAGCUUCCCAUACCAGAGUGAAAAGUUCCCCGACCUUAGCUUAUAUGGUGCAUAUCAUGCCUCCAUGGUGUACACGAAAAACGACAUUGCACGGAUUGUGGAGUACGCUCGACUGCGCGGCAUUAGGGUCCUGCCAGAGUUUGAUGUCCCUGGUCAUACUCGGUCAUGGGGAAACGCGUAUCCCAACAUCUUAACGUCAUGUUACCACGAGAAUGAGGUUGUUGGACUGGGCCCCAUGAAUCCCAUCCGUAACAUCACCUACAAAAUGAUUCGUGACCUCUUUCAUGAAGUGCAGGCCUGGUUCCCCGACAAGCAUCUGCACAUCGGCGGGGACGAAGUCCGGAAGCUCUGCUGGCGGUCAAACCCAGAGAUACGCGAGUACAUGCAGGAGAACGGGUUGAAGGUGGAGGAGCUGCACGCUCUAUUUAUGCAGAACACCAUACCGCUGCUCGCGGAUGGAUCCAAGAUUGUCGUCUGGCAAGACGUGUUUGAUGAGAAUGUACCAUUGACAAGUGACACACUCAUUCAAGUUUGGAAGGAUGAGUGGAUCCAUGAAAUGGUUAAGGUCCUGAAGACGGGUCACCGUGUGCUCUUUUCGUCAUCAUGGUACCUAAACUACCUGCAGGACGAGUGGCCGAUGUUGUACAUGGCGGACCCGCGGCGUAUGGUGCGCGACGAAACCGACAACAACACCUUGCCCGCCGGCGUGAUCGGUGGCGAGGCCUGCAUGUGGGGAGAGAAGGUCGAUGACAGGAACGUUAUAUCGAGUGUGUGGCCGCGCGCUAGUGCCGUGGCUGAGCGAUUGUGGAGCGCGCCCACGUUGGGUGAGACGUCGCCGCGCCCCGAGGUUUACCAGCGCAUAGAGGAACACGUGUGCCGCAUGAAUAGGAGGGGCAUCGCUGCUCAACCGGCCAGCGGCCCGGGCUUUUGUCUCGUUUAAUAAAUAAAUACAUAAAAAUCCUCUUUUGUGCUUUUCCUGUUUCUAUAUAUCAAUACUGUAGAUGAUAAAUUUAUUUAUUUCCAAACAUGUAUUGCGUUUUUUACGGAAACAUAUAAUAUUUUAGUAAAAUCACCCCAUCUUGGGUAUUAAAUGAAAUGGUUUGUCUUGUAGUACAGAGCCGGCACAACAAAAUGGUCUCUGACAUAAUUUUUCUACCACAUCAUUAUGGGUAUCAAUAAUAGGAUUCGGCUAAUACAACAACGUGGUAACAUCCAAAUCCUAAAAUAGAUUACUAAAAGAUCAAAUGGACUUAGAAAUAUUAUUAUUAAAAAACUUUUUAGCAUAUUAUAAGGUGGCAAACGAACGAGCGACAAAAUGGCGAAGCGAUCGCUGUCCAUAAACAUGUACUAUUGCAGAUGCCUUGCCUACCUUUAAUACAAUGGAAGAGUUUACGCACAGAAAGAGAGUAGUCCCUCUGCCUGUGCGUCCCUACCAUCGCCUAAUUUACUUCUUCGUCUUUUCUACUAACUCGUGGCUCAGCGCUGAUAUUCUCGGACAUGUUGUCGGUAUCUUAAUUUAUUAGUUGUUAUGAAUAUAUACGGCAAAUAUAAACAACCAUCCAAAUUCCAGCUCAUUACUUAAAAACCGUAAACUAUUGUACCGUUCUUAUACCGUGUACUCCACUCUAAGCUACCCUAGGCUGCCAUUAAGCAUAGAGCAUAUAAAAGAAACAGUUCAUUUAAAAGACGUCAAAUUUUGACAGUGACAACCAGUGACAACGUUUUCGAUGGAUAUUGCCAUAUUAUAAUAUUA